AUGAAAGUGUACCUGUUAACACUGCUGGUGUAUAUUGCUUCAGUUUUUGCUCAGGAUCAAAGUUUUUACAAAGAUGAUCCUAAUAUCAUUGAACUGACCCCUUCUAAUUUUGAUCGGGUGGUCCACAACACCAAUUAUACUACACUAGUUGAGUUCUAUGCUCCUUGGUGUGGUUACUGCAAGCAAUUGAAGAACACUAUACAUAGCCUUGGGAAAGCAUCUGACAGCAUUUUCCAAGUGGCUGCAGUGAAUUGUGACAAAGCUAGUAAUAAACAGCUAUGUGGUGAAUACGGUGUUGAAGGGUUCCCCACUUUGAAAGUGUUUAAGCCUGGUAAAGCUGGCAAAACUGCAGUUAAGAAACAUGCAAGCGAGACCUAUAUGGGUGAGAGGAAACUUGCACCGCUGAUAAAUUUUAUCAAAGCCAAGAUCAAGAACCAUGUGAAGAAGUUAACCAGUGCUGAUAUGGUGAGUAAAUUGGUCAAUUCUCAAUCUAGUAAUAAAUACGCUGUCGUUUUGUUUUCGAAGCAAAGCAGUAUUCCUGUAACUUACAAGUCAAUUGCAAUUGAUUGGCUGGACAGAGUUAAGUUUUAUUGCUACUUGAACACAAAGAAGACCCUAGUGGAAUCUCUAAAGUCUUUCGAAAGUGAAUCCGCUGAGAUUAUUGGACCCUUGGUUGAUCGCAUCGGCAAGUUAUCCGCUGGUAAGGAUAAAAGCCUGCUUGUUUUAAUCGACAAAGAAAACCAGAAAAUCAGUGUGCUGGAGGAUAAGAUAACCAAAUCCAAUGUUGCCAAGUUUAUAAUAGACAACACUUCUCUGAAACCAAAGGAAGGCCCAUACAGUAAGCGAGAUGACUAUUUAGCCAAGUUGAAACUGAACAAGAAGAAGAAAACCCAGGUCCAAAACGAUGAAUUGUGA